CAGGGAUUUCCCAUAGUCAGGUGUCUGAUAAGUGUUGAGACGUGCAAGGCCAUGUGGGCAGAUAGGUAGGUGCUCUUUGGUGAGCACCCCCAGCAGGGCAGUCCCCCACCCAGGUGUCUGCCUGCUCCUGCUUGUGUUUUACUGUUACAGCACUUCAUGCCAGGGCCACCAGCUCCCAUCCCUCCUGUCAGGAAGGACAUAGACAGCAAGUGCCUGGGGGUAAGGCAUUUGCCAGGUGACACAGGUGGCGAGUGCCGGAGCUGGGAUUUGAACCCGGAUCAUGGCACUCUGUAUGGGGCAAUGGAAGGUUUGAGGAUGCCCAUGUAGGAAGGAAGGGCAGCCUGGCCCCACUGAGCCCAGCUGCUCCCUGUGACCCUGGAGGAAAUUGCUCAGCCCCCAGCUGGGGAGACAGUCCAAGAGGCCAGGCUUCCUCUUGCUUCCUGGCUCAGGGGAUCACAGAGGAACAAGGAAAUUUAGUGUGGGUGUCUUCUUUUGUUUCCUUCAAAAUUUAAUUUAGUAUAAGCAAGAGGAGCUUUAGCUUAACCCUGCAUAUCAGGCAAGACUUCAGUUACAAAAUAGUACUUUUUUUUUUUUGCACUUGUGAUUGGCUUUCUCUCUACUUCUUUUGGUAAGAGCAGGUUGGUGUCCAGGCUCAGAAUCCAUUUUUCCUCCCACACCAAAGCACCUGUGGUUUGGGUGAAGCAGCCUGGAGCCUGGCUGCAUAAAACUUCGCAGCAGGAGGGUCCUGGCAGGAGUGUUGAGGUGCCACUGCCCUGGUCCAGCUCAGAGGCCAGCACCAGGGAGGCUCAGUGUCCUGUUCCCAGGAUCUGCACAUGGGGUUGCCUUUCUGCAUCUCCCCAUCAGUAGUAGGUGCUCCUCCAAGCCCCCUCUUGCCGGCCUGGACACAGCGGCCUGCACCUUGACCCUAUUGCAUGCCAGUGGAGCAGAGCCCCCCAGGCCAGAAGCCCCACAGCUGUUGGCCCUGGCUUGGACAGGCAGGGGGCACCAGGGCAGGAGCUGGCUGCAAUCCUGUGGCCCCAAAUGCCCCCUUGCUGAUGGCCUCGUGUUCUGGGUGUGGAGCAAAGAGGAGCAGGUGUCGAAGGCACCUCAGGCAGGUGCUGGGCUCGGUGGGCGUCUUGUGCUCCAUGAUUUUAUUUUAAUUUUAUUAUUAUUAUACUUUAAGUUUUAGGGUACAUGUGCACAAAGUGCAGGUUUGUUACAUAUGUAUACAUGUGCCAUGUUGGUGUGCUGCACCCAUUAACUCGUCAUUUAGCAUUAGGUAUAUCUCCUAAUGCUAUCCCUCCCCGCUCCCCCCACCCCACAACAGUCCCUGGUGUGUGAUGUUCCCCUUCCUAUGUCCGUGUGUUCUCAUUGUUCCAUUCCCACCUAUGAGUGAGAACAUGCUCCGUGAUUUUGAGGCCAUUUGCAGCCAGCUCCGCCAGCCCAUGCUCCGAGCUGCAGCAGCUACCAUGCACAACAGCACCGCCAGGAGUGUCCUGGGGGCUUUCUUCAGAGGAGGCUGUCAGCAUCCUCAAGUUCCAGCCGCUUAGCCCCAGUCCUGCUUCAAGAAGCUUUUUUUUUCACCAGAGGCUUCUCAAUGGCCUGAAAGCUCGGCUGACUCCCAGGAAGUUUGCAGGGAGCACCAGGCUGUCAGUGACAUUCGUGGCGCCAAGACUUACGCGGGUUGCACGCAUCGGCCACUGUCUGUGCCACGUGCACUGACGCCACCUGAGAUGCCCACGCCGCAUGGCACGCGCACGCCGCACUCGCACUCCGCACGUGGGCAGCGGCUUGGCUGGCUUGUAACGGCCUGCACGUGCAUGCCGCGCACGCACGCUGCACGCGCACGCCAGACGCGCAUAACGGUUUGGCUGGCCUGUAACUGCUUGCAUGCACAUGCCACACGCACGUAACGGCUUGGCUGGCCUGUAACGGCUUGCACACACAUGCUGCACGCGCGUUAAUGGCUUGGCCGGCCUGUAACGGCUGGCAUGCGCACGCUGCUCGUGCGUAAUGGCUUGGCUGGCCUGUAGUGCUUGGCUUGGCUUUGCGUUCUUUGCUUGGCUUAGCAUUUGUCGCUUGGAUUGACAUUUCCUCCUUGGAUUGACGUUUCUUCUGUCACGUUCCUUUGCUGGGCUUGACCUUUUCUCUGCUGGGUUAGGCAUUCCCUUGGGUGGGCCGGGUGUUUUCUUGGGGGGUGGGGUUGGCCAUUCCUGGGGUGGGCAUGGUGUCGCCCUGGGUGGGUGUGGGCUUUCCCCGGGUGGGUGUGGGUUUUCCCUGGGUACGGUGGGCUGGGCUCCCUUGCUGGGGUUGGCAGGUUUUGGCUGGGAUUGACUUUCCUCUUCAAACAGAUUGGAAACCCGGAGUUAUCUGCUAGUUGGUGAAAUUGGUUGGUAGAGGCGAUCUGCUCGCUACUACCGGCCUCCCCUGGCUGUUAAAAGCAGAUGGUGGCUGAGGUUGGUUCAAUGCCGGCUGCCUCCUCUGUGAAGAAGCCAUUUGGUCUCAGAAGCAAGAUGGGCAAGUGGUGCCGCCACUGCUUCCCCUGCUGCAGGGGGAGCGGCAAGAGCAACGUGGGCACUUCUGGAGACCACGACGGCUCUGCUGUGAAGACACUCAGGAGCAAGAUGGGCAAGUGGUGCCGCCACUGCUUCCCCUGCUGCAGGAGGAGCGGCAAGAGCAACGUGGGCACUUGGGGAGACUACGAUGACAGCGCCUUCAUGGAGCCGAGGUACCACGUCCAUCAAGAAGAUCUGGGCAAGCUCCACAGAGCUGCCUGGUGGGGUAAAGUCCCCAGAAAGGAUCUCAUCGUCAUGCUCAGGGACACUGACGUGAACAAGAAGGACAAGCAAAAGAGGACUGCUCUACAUCUGGCCUCUGCCAAUGGGAAUUCAGAAGUAGUAAAACUCCUGCUGGACAGACGAUGUCAACUUAAUAUCCUUGAUAACAAAAAGAGGACAGCUCUGACAAAGACCGUACAAUGCCAGGAAGAUGAGUGUGCCUUAAUGUUGCUGAAACAUGGCACUGAUCCAAAUAUUCCAGAUGAGUAUGGAACUACCACUCUGCACUACGCUAUCUACAAUGAAGAUAAAUUAAUAGCCAAAGCACUGCUCUUAUACGGUGCUGAUAUUGAAUCAAAAAACAAGCAUGGCCUCACACCGCUGUUACUUGGUGUGCAUGAACAAAAACAGCAAGUGGUGAAAUUUUUAAUCAAGAAAAAUGCUAAUUUAAAUGCACUGGAUAGAUAUGGAAGAACUGCCCUCAUACUUGCUGUGUGUUGUGGAUCAGCAAGUAUAGUCAGCCUUCUACUUGAGCAGAAUAUUGAUGUAUCUUCUCAAGACCUAUCUGGACAGACGGCCAGAGAGUAUGCUGUUUCUAGUCAUCAUAAUGUAAUUUGCCAGUUACUUUCUGACUACAAAGAAAAACAGAUGCUAAAAGUCUCUUCUGAAAACAGCAAUCCAGAACAAGACUUAAAGCUGACAUCAGAGGAAGAGUCACAAAGGCUGAAAGGCAGUGAAAAUAACCAGCCAGAGAAAAUGUUUCAAGAACCAGAAAUAAAUAAGGAUGGUGAUAGAGAGGUUGAAGAAGAAGUGAAAAAGCACAAAAAUAAUAAUGUGGGAUUACUAGAAAACCUGACUAAUGGUGUCACUGCUGGCAGUGGUGAUGAUGGAUUAAUUCCUGAAAGGAAGAGCAGAACACCUGAAAAUCAGCAAUUUCCUGACACUGAAAGUGAAGAGUAUCACAGUGACGAACAAAAUGAUACUCAGAAGCAACUUUCUGAAGAACAGAACACUGGAAUAUUACAAGAUGAGAUUCUGAUUCAUGAAGAAAAGCAGAUAGAAGUGGCUGAAAAAAUGAAUUCUGAGCUUUCUCUUAGUUAUAAGAAAGAAAAAGAUCUCUUGCAUGAAAAUAGUACAUUGCAGGAAGAAAUUGCCAUGCUAAGACUGGAACUAGACAUAAUGAAACAUCAGAGCCAGCUAAGAGAAAAGAAAUAUUUGGAGGAAAUUGAAAAUGUGAAAAAAAAGAAUGAUAAUCUUUUAAAGUCUCUACAAUUGAAUGAGCUCACCAUGGAUGAUGACGCCGCCGUGCUCGUCAUUGAUAAUGGCUCUGGCAUGUGCAAGGCCGGCUUUGCAGGCGAUGAUGCCCUCCGGGCUGUCUUCCCUUCCAUCGUGGGGCGCCCCAGACACCAGGGCAUGAUGGGGGGCAUGCGUCAGAAGGAGCCUUAUGUGGGCAAUGAGACCCAGAGCAAGAGAGGCAUCCUGACCCUGAAGUACCCCAUGGAGCAUGGCAUCAUCACCAACUGGGACGACAUGGAGAAGAUCUGGCACCACACCUUCUACAAUGAGCUGCGUGUGGCUCCCGAGGAGCACCCCAUCCUGCUGACCGAGGCACCCCUGAACCCCAAGGCCAACCGCGAGAAGAUGACCCAGAUCAUGUUUGAGACCUUCAACACCCCAGCCAUGUACGUGGCCAUCCAGGCUGUGCUGUCCCUGUACACCUCUGGCCGUACUACUGGCAUAGUGAUGGACUCUGGUGACGGGGUCACCCACACUGUGCCCAUCUAUGAGGGGAAUGCCCUCCCCCAUGCCACCCUGCACCUAGACCUGGCUGGCCGGGAACUGACUGACUACCUCAUGAAGAUCCUCACCGAGCGUGGCUAUAGGUUCACUACCACGGCUGAGCGGGAAAUCGUGCGUGACAUCAAAGAAAAGCUGUGCUAUGUUGCCCUGGACUUCGAGCAGGAGAUGGCCACGGCGGCCUCCAGCUCCUCCCUAGAGAAGAGCUACAAGCUGCCUGAUGGCCAGGUCAUCACCAUCGGCAACGAGCGGUUACGCUGCCCCGAGGUGCUCUUCCAGCCUUGCUUCCUGGGCAUGGAAUCCUGUGGCAUCCACGAAACUACCUUCAACUCUAUCAUGAAGUCUGACGUGGACAUCCGCAAAGACCUGUACACCAACACAGUGCUGUCUGGUGGCACCACCAUGUACCCUGGCAUCGCCCACAGGAUGCAGAAGGAGAUUGCUGCCCUGGCGCCUAGCACGAUGAAGAUCAAGAUCGUUGCUCCUCCCAAGCGCAAGUAUUCCGUGUGGGUCGGUGGCUCCAUCCUGGCCUCGCUGUCCACCUUCCAGCAGAUGUGGAUCAGCAAGCAGGAGUAUGAUGAGUCAGGCCCCUCCGUUGUCCACCGCAAAUGCUUCUAGGUGGACUCUGACUUAGUUGCGUUGCACCCUUUCUUGACAAAACCAAACUUCGCAGAAAACAACAUGA